CGUUGCACGGAAAAAGUUUCCAAGAAUUCCUAUAAUGUUCUGGUAGUUGACUAACGUUUUUUUUUUUUCCCUGAGGUUAACAUCACUGCAUGCCGAUGAUGCCGGUAAUGCCCGCACAGACACAUAGAACCAGGAAAGAAAGUGCGUGUUUACUGCAAGUUCCGAGAUGAAUUUCGGCGUUCCAGCAAAUUCGCUCUUGUUGUUCCGAGCUUGCGAUGAGGGAGACUAUGAGAGCGCUAAGAGCAUUCUUGAGCCCGCCGGGAACGACUCGGGAAGACAGUCCAAAACACGGCUGGACUCUGUCUCGGAAUGCAGUGUGGACAUCGUACGGGGAGGGCUGCCGCUCGUACACGUCGAUUGUACGGACGAAGAAGGGAACACGGCGUUACACUUCGCGGCUGCGAGCGGACACGAGCAUUUAGUUCGAUUCUUACUGCGGAAAGGGGCGUCUGUUGAUAGCAGGAAUAAUUAUGGAUGGACACCGCUGAUGCAGGCAGCGAGGUUUGGCCAUUUAAAUGUGUCUCAUAUCUUGCUUGAGAAUGGGGCUGAGAUCAAUGGAAGGAAUCGCAUGGGAGCCAGUGUGCUCACUAUGGCAGCCCGUGGGGGGCACACACAUGUUGCUAAACUCCUCCUUGAACAUGAAGCAUUUGUGGAUGACUUUGACCACCUUUCUGCAGCUGAAAGGAAUGCUAAUGGAAACAACAGUAAUCACAGUGAUAACGGGAAGAACUUCUUGGAUAUCACGUCUUUAUUGGUUAGCGCUCAGCAUGGUCAUGAUGCUAUGGUCAGACUGCUUUUGGAGUGGGGAGCUGAUGUGAACUUUUCCCAGAAGACCACGGGGUGGAGUGCACUAAUGUUAGCCACGUUGAGCGGAAAGGCUAGUAUAGCUCAGCAGCUAGUAGAGAGGGGUGCUGAUCCUGAUCAGCUUAAUGUUUUGUCCAAAACAGCUUUUGAAGUGGCACUGCAUCUUAAUCAAAAAGAGGUGAAGAGUUAUCUGGAUUCCAUCACCACAGUUCGUCCACAACCAGAUGAUGAGAAGAAAAGACCUGAUGUUUUCAGUGCUCUAAAGCUAGGAAAUUCUCAACUGGUGAAGGAGAUACUAGAGGAGGAUCCAUCUCAGGUGAACUUGGCUAAUGCAGAUGGGGCAUCGCCUUUGAUGAUUGCUGCUGUGAGUGGACUGCUGGAAGUGGUGCAGCUUCUGGUUGAGAGGAAUGCGGACAUAGACAAGCAAGAUGGAGCCCAUGGCUGGACGGCCCUUAUGCAGGCAACAUAUCAUGGAAAUAAAGAUGUGGUGAAAUAUCUGCUGAGUCAGGGAGCUGAUGUAAACCUAAGAGCCAAGAAUGGAUACACAGCCUUUGACCUAGUCAUGCUUUUAAAUGACCCAGAUACUGAAUUAGUGAGACUUCUGGCUGCUGUGUGUAUGACAGUAGAAAAAGACAAGAGUAGGCACAGAGACAAGAUCUCCAACAAGAAACACCUGUCUCCCAGUGUACUUACACCACCGGAUGAUAAAGGAGGCCUGAAGUCCUGGUGGAACCGCAUGUCCAAUCGCUUUCGUAGACUCAAGCUAACACACACCUUAAGGCAUGGGCUCCAUCCCAAUCGCUUAGCUCCAUUUCAUGAUAACUCAGGGGUUCUGCUGGAUGCUACCAUGAAGGCAGAGAACAGAAUAGACACAAACAGCUCAGAACCAAGUAGUGCAAUGGUUUCUCCUGCUGGCACACACAUUGAUGACCUCACCAUUGCAUGGACUGAUAAGAACAAAGACAGUGGUCUUGGCAGAAACAGUGACAAAGAUUAUUUUCUCAUUUCCACAAUGCUGAGAAACGGUGCACCUCUGACCCGCUUGCCCAAUGAAAAGCUGAAAGCCGUCAUCCCACCCUUCCUGCCUCCAUCCAACUUUGAGCCGUGGAACUCAGACCGUUCAAGGGUUUUAAAGGAGGGAGGCAAGACAAGUGAGCAGUCUCGUCUGACUAUGCCUCAGAGACCAAGCAAAGCCAACUUUAACACCAGUGGAAACUCUGAUAUUACGUCCAUUAGUCGAGUGGUGAGCAGGUCAAUGAAGUUUUCCAGUAUCAGUAAGGUCCCAUCCUCCUCCCCCUCUAACUCGGGCAACUAUAACUCACCUCAUUCAUCAGGGGGUUCCAAUGGAGUAGGAGGGAUCAACCGCCAUGCAUCUGACAUGCAUAAUCGUUCAGGAGGCAGUGCAUCUGACAGCGUACUGUCUCAAAUUGCUGCCCAAAGGAAAAGGGCUGCUGGCCUGCUUGAUGUCAAAGCGCCAACCCAUGAGGCAUCAACCACUACACCACUGCCCACCAUGCCUGACAAUAGCCUGCCCAGCAUUCAAAGCAACCCAAGCCUGGUAACAAGCGACUUGCACUCCAGAUGGAAGGUUGACCUAAAGAAGAGGCCACAGUCUGGAAAUUCCUCCACAUCUAAGAGUACAUCCCCCACACUGACUCCAUCACCAUCCCCAACUCCCAAACCUCUCAUCGGAGAAACCCUAUCAUCUGCUUCCUCACAGCCAUGCUCUAAAAGUAGUGGUGGAUCAAGUAGUGGCACCAUCACUGAUGAAGAUGAGCUUUCAGGUAUACUAAGAAAACUGUCCUUGGAGAAAUAUCAGCCCAUCUUUGAAGAACAGGAGGUAGACAUGGAGGCCUUUUUGACUCUAACUGACAGAGAUCUGCAGGAGUUGGGGAUUAAAACAGACGGGCCCAGACAACAGAUUUUGGCAGCCAUUUCUGAGCUUAAUGCUGGAAAGGGAAGAGAAAGACAGAUACUGCAGGAAACGAUCCACAAUUUCCAGUCAUCUUUUGGGAGUAGUGCAAGUAACCAGCAUCCUACAGCUUGGGCAAGACAUCAACUGCACACUCUUAACAAAAGGUAACACAUCUUGCCAGAUGAGGAACUGGAGAAUGGUGCCUUCUCAAAGUGCUUGUCCUGGAACUUCUAUUUAGUUUUUAUAACUUUUUCAAGAAACUCUGAGGUUUGAUUGAUAAUGAGCUACUUGAGGAUCUGUCAAAUUGUACCAAUGCGACAAAAAAGUGGCAGUGGACCUCACACAUUACUCCUCGUAAGCGAGCAUGCCUUGGGUCACAAAUGUGAAAGGGCAUAAUAGGUAACACUUACAUGUAUUUGUUUUUAAUUAAAAACAAAAAUGUAUCCAAAAUGUAAUUUAAACAUAUUUUAGUGUAGAAAAGAAAAUGUGAGAUUUAGUGUUACUACUGGAAAACAUGCAGCGACACCCAAGCUCAUGAUCGAACCUGGGACUCUGACACUGCUGGGAGCUAACACUACCAUAUUACCUAAAAAAUACUAAUAUAUUGAGAUUUUAAGAACCGGCCCGGUGUUCAUCAGGUGAGAGAAUGAUGAUCAUGUUCAUUUAUAUGUAUUAUAGAUGCAUUUAGUAUACUGUAUGUACAGGCUGCAAGAAAAAAAAGCAUAAUUUUUCACAGACCUUUUUGGCAUUAAUAGUGGAUCAUUUAUAAUUUAUAAAAUAAGGAUCAAAUAUGUGUUUUAAACAUUGUUUUGUUUUAUAAAAUGUUUUUUCAUUUCAUAAUAUAAACUUUGUGUAAAAUUAGAGAGAAUGAAUAGAACUUGAGAGACAUUACAUUAAGUCAAAAGGUCAUCCAUAUUUAAAUUUUUUUUAUAAGCUGCUUUAGUGAGGGAGCUCAAACAUAAAGCAAACAUUAUAAAGGUUUGUGAGCACUUUACGACUGUCGGGUAAACUGAGCAUGUACUUUCUUUAGGGAUGUGCUUAUAUUAUCUGUAAUAAAUUGCUGACAUUUGGGAUUAAAUAACUGCACAGGUCCAUGUUGCAAUUUAGAUUUUUUUUUUUUUUAAAUGCAAUCAGUUGUGCAGCACUGAAGCUCUUACAUUUAAUGCGGUUCUUCUGUUGCCACAUUACUUCAAACCUUAAUAUAACACUGGAGUAUGCUGUUACUCCCUCCCUCCUGGGCGAGCCUGGAAUCUAGACCAUCAAUGACACUUGUGUGGGUGUUUUUAAAAAAUAUUAACUGACCUGAAGGCCCACUUUCUUCACAUGAACAAUUUUUCCUUAAACUCAGUUUUCAUAGUUUUAAGGGUACGGAUCUGCUUUCUGGCGAGAUGAAUGGACAAAGUUUUUCUUGGAAAAAAUAAAAUGAAAACAUAAAACAAAACAAAUCUCUUCACCUCAUUUAUAGUCAGAUUUUUUGCAAAUGAAAUGAACAAAUAUGUCAUCAGAGCAUUUGACCUUGCAUCUGAUAGGACCG